UAUAUCAAUGUAUUGAACGAAUUGAAAGGAAAGGAUUCAUGUAGUGGACCUAAAACUUGUUGGGAUUAAGGCCUUCUUGAUUAACAAUCAGUAAAGGAUCAUCCAAGUACGUAAAUUAUUCUGUUUGCUAUCUCUGAUCUUAAUCACAUGGUUCAAGAAUUGGAUUAGUGGUUAAUUUAUCAUAGUAUGGCAUCAUUUUCUUGUUUACAGAUUGUUCCGUAUGAUUCGAUGUUAUUUAGCAGCUGUUUAAUUAAUAUAAGCUGCAUUUUUUGUAACAGGUCAUCCCUAUCAGAACCAAGCACAUCAACAAGCUGCUUUAGUUCAUCUACAGCAGAUGAACAAUCCACAAAAGAGCGAAAGGGAUGGUCGAUCACUAUUCACGACCUCUCAGGCUCACCCGUGGCUGCUGCAUCAAUGGUGACGCCAUUUGUGCCAUCACAGGGCAGCAAUAGGGUCAGCAGAUCAAAUCCUGGAGCUUGGCUAAUUCUUCGUCCUGGCCACAACACCUGGACACCCUGGGGCCGUCUGGAGGCCUGGUGUGAACGCAAAAGUGGUGACCAACUCGGCUACCGCUUUGAACUCAUCCCCGAUGGCGGCAUAGACUCAAUCCCACUUGCCAAUUCCACAAUUAGCACGAAAACUGGAGGCAAAUUCAGUAUAGACGUAACCACAGGCCCGACCCCAAUGACUAGUCCUAAUAGCAGCUUUGACAUCAGUUCUGCGUCUAGUUCUGGUUCGGAACUUGGAUCUACACAGGGGUCCAGUUCGUGGGCACACCUCUUGUAUAAAGGAUUUGUAAUGUCAUGCACGGUCAAAGGCAACGGGAAGUGCAGCAAACCAGCAGUUGAAAUCGGGGCGCAGCACGUGAGUUGCACAGAGGAUGCUGCAGGUUUUGUGGCGUUGGCAGCUGCAAUGGAUUUAAGCAUGGAUGCUUGUAGAUUGUUUUCUCAUAAGCUAAGGAAGGAAUUGAGGCAACCAGAUCAAGAAUAAUACCCCAUGGGAACUGUCUUAAACCCUUGUAUUUGCAUUGAACUAACAGCAUGCAGAAGCUGUUUUUUUCCCCUCCCAGAGUGUACAGUAGUAACAAGUGUUUGUUUUUUCUUUUUCAUGUAUUUGACUAUUGUCCAUUGAUUUGCUUAUUGAUUGAGAGUUUUUCUAUCAA